AUGGCCAUGUACCCAAACAAGGAAAGGUGGCAACGUUUCGGAGACAUUGACGACAGCGACCUGUACAAGUAUUCAACAACUAUUGUGACAAACCCGGAACUUCAGCCGCUUUGGAAAGCUUGGAAAGCAAAUCUCGAAGUCCCGUUUCAUGGCAUCACUUGCGAUGGCCGUAAACAGGAGGGACUCUAUGUUUUACGGGAUGAGGUGCAAGCAGCCCGGACGUUGUUGCAGGUUCUGAGCCCUAGCGAGAAAAGUUGCAUCUCGCACAGCCUUGAUUCCGAGGACUGGAGAAAAUGGAUGAACCCCGAAUUCAUGUUGUUCAAGUGUGGCCUACGUCUCGAAGAUUUGGAAGAAGCGAAAAUCGAAUCCAUCAUGAACCUGGUGCAGAGUUCCCUCCGCGACAAGGGGUUCGACAAAGUCAGAGGUGCAAUGAAGACCAACAAGUUUCUCGGUGAACUUUGCCAUAAGAAGGCGAUUUUGAACGAAUACAGCUAUUUCUUCGUGAUCUUCGGAGAACCUUCAGAGACAGAAUCCUGGUCAUAUAUGCUUUUCGGCCACCAUCUUGCUCUCAAUGUUUUCAUCGCUCGACAGCAGAUGGUCGUCGGCCCAGUCUUUCUCGGGGCCGAGCCAAGUAGACAUCUGGCUGGCGCCUUUCAAGACAACCGAGUUAUCCCUUACGAAGGCGUCCUAGCCACCGACAUGACCAUCGAGCAGCGGGAAUUGCUUUUGUCAAUCAUUUCCUCCUGUACGCUUCUUCCGCCAGGGCCACUUGAGUUCCGGCUAGCAGACAUUCGCGAACACCUUUCGGAAACCUAUUUCUGCUGGAUAGGCGGCUUUAGCUCGACAGACCCUUUCUACUAUCGAAUCCAGAGUCCGGUUACGCUGUUUGAGUUUGACCAUCACUCCGGAGUCUUCCUUACGAACGACGAACCUGCAAAAUACCAUAUUCAUACGAUUCAGAGGCUUCCCAAUGGCAAUGACUAUGGAUGA